AUGAUGGAAGUGGACCAGCAGAUUCGCGAUGCUUUUAGCACUGCCAACGACUUCUUGAAACCAGUCCUGGAUCGAGAUGAGAUCAAGAAGGCACCGGGGACUGGUUUGAUCCAGAUUCUAAGUCAGACUUCAGGCUAUGAUGGCAAUGAUGAUGAAGCCAAGCGACCGGCGGUCAUCGACAAGGCCUUGGAUAUAUUGAUCGGUAUCCAUAAAUCUUUCACUCCGCCAGGCUCACGGGAGGUAGCUCAGCAGCCCUACUCGGAGGUUGCAGAUUCCCCAAUGGAAGAUGCUAAGCGCCGACGAAUGCUGCACGCCCUAUUGGAUCUGAUUUCCUUGGAAGGUAUAUAUCCGUCACUAUCAGCUGGCGUUGGAAUCCCUUUGCAACAGCGGGUCAUAUCGGUUUUACCAGCAGGUAUAAUUGCCAAAAAGGCGCAAGUGAUUACCAGCAGUGUACCCCAUAACGAGCCUCUUCUUCGCCGCAUAAUUGGGGUUUUACUUGUCAUACUUAGCAACCCUCGCCCAAGCAUCCAACCCCUAAUCCGAAGUCGUAUCCUGAGUGAUGUGAUCAGCGGGAUCUCAGACCUUGCAUUCAACCCAAACCUUGAGGAAUCUGCUGAUAGGAUGGGCCUCAGGACAUCAUUGGCAAAGAUUGUGGAAGAUACCCCAACCACGGUCUUACUGCCCACGCUAUCCAGCUUUCUCCAGUCAGACACUGCUCAAUGGUUUAAAUCAACGAUAUCAAGUCAUCUUUCACAAGUUCCACUACGACGAGGCGGAGUAGUGCAAAUCAUAAUGUUUAUUGCAUCGCAGUUCUCUCCAUCGCUUGGCCAAGAAGCACAGGAUCAAUCAACUGGUCCUCGGUUGACCGUGCAAGCUAUCAUGCAAAUAUCCCGUCUUCUAUCAUCUGUGCCGCAGGGGGUUGAUCCAAAUACGUACUUUGAGACGAUCGCUCCGCAACUGCUAGCUUUGAUAGAUGGAGGUGAUCCGGAUUUUCGGAAGACAGCUUCAUAUGUUGUUGCCAACGGAAUACUGGGCAAACGUGCAUACGGGGCCGUUGGAACCAUCGGACACUCUAUAUUCGUUGAGCCAAUAUUCAAUGCACUCACCGCGGAGCUCGAUCAAAAGUCCAGGCAAUGGAUGACACGAUUUACAGACGUCGACGGCUCUUUACCCGAGUUAAAUGAUGUCGACUCUUCACGAAAUAUCAUUGUGGACAGCACCAUGAUUGAUCUGGCCCUGGAACGACUGAGAUGCCUUACAUUGCAACACCCAAACCCCAGCCUCGUGAAGCGAUUAAUCCAGCCAAUCCUUCUCCCUUUAUGGGGACUGGUAUGCUUUUCUAAAGAACAUCAGUCCCUGCAUCCCUUCCAUGAACGUGUGCUACCGUUGCUGCAAACAUUCUUCGGUGUUUCAGUCGGGUUUCCACCACUGAAAAAGCUAGUCGACCAUCUUCUGUGGGAUGGAGGUUUAAAGUGGACAUACAUUGAGGAAUCUGAAAUCAGGGUUGCAUUGGCCAAACGGAGCGCCCCGGCGGGUGACCACUCCAAUUUGAUCCGAUUGAUGGAUUCUCUGCACACAAGAGCAGAAUUAUUUGCUAGUCUUCUGGGAUCAGACCCUAGCAGUGAAGAGCGAACUGGUGACAUAUUCCUCUACGUGAGUGAGAAUUGGUUGGUGAAACCCCCAAUUGCUCAAUCGUCCAGCAACGUGCUUCAUGGCGGGCCUGUUCAUGAGACGGAGAACAUAAUCCAAAAGCUUGUGAGUGCCAAAGUUGCAGAAAAGCUCCUGGAUAAUUUCAAGGAGGCACUCACCCGACGUCCAUUGAGGGUUCUCGAACUCAUCAAACAUGUGGUUGGCGGAGAAUUGCAGAGACUUCAAACUCGAGAGGCCGGGCAGAAAGGAAAAGUCUCUCUGUCGUCGCUGUCCAAUAUUGUCGAGCAGGACGACAGUACAACGGAAGAUUCAGCAAACGAUUCGUCUGAGUCCCUCUCGACGGCCUUCAGUCUUCUAUCCACCCUGCUUGCUUCCGCUGAGUUUUCGCCUACGGAAGAAAUCCUUCCUCUCCUCUCCUCUCUAAAGAAAGAGCUGGAUCAGCUUGUUCCACUUCUUCCAUCGACGCUUUCCAAACCAGGAAUUACGUCUUCACUACUUUUGGAGAUUCAAGUCGCCACCCCAGAUAAACCUGUGACGCAAACAACAUCGGCUCACACGAAAGACCUUGAGACAUAUCGCCAAGCAAUGGCCAAUCUUAGCUCAGACAUGCCACCAGUAAAGGCAGAAGGUCUUUUCCUCCUGGAAGAGCUAAUACUGGCGGCUUCUCCAGUUGUUGAUGUAAGCGUGGCCCUCGGCUGGAUGAUAUUGGUUGUCACAGACACUUCUGGAACAGCAACAGACGAAACAUAUAAUCACAAGGCUGCAACCACCGUCAUCGGAAAGCUAGCGUCACGCCACCCACGCACAGUGAUCAAGACAUUGGUUGAAGAUUAUGCCGAUAGACAGGAAAAGCGAAGUUUAAACCAGCGCCUUAUGCUAGGCCAGGCGAUUGUCCAGUCGAUUCAAAAUAUAGGCAACGGACUCUCCGGCGAAACGGCAAAGAUUCUGGGAGAAACACUUAUUGCUGUUGCCGGACGGCGCGGCACCCAAGACCAACCCAAGAAACUACGACACCAGAAACGAGAAAAUGACACAGCCUCCGCCCAUGAGCACAGUCAGGCUAGUCAGGAAGAAAAGGGAACUGAAACACCCGAGGGCUGGUCAGUCCCAUCUGAGAUUGCCAAAGCCGCGUCUGAACUCAACCUUCACGACGAUGACUCCGACGACGAAACCGAGGAAGAGAAAGCAUUUGCCGCCAAUGUAGUCGCGGCAUGGGCAGCCGGUACGACUGCCGACGAUAAACCUGACGAUCUUCGUGCACGAGCAUCAGCGAUUUCGAUCCUCGGUACCGCCAUCACCACCAACAUCAUCGGACUCGGUCCCACAACCGUUGCAGCUGCCAUUGACCUGGCCCUUUCCAUUUUGACACUCGAGACCGCCACUGAAACGGCCAUCAUGCGCCGCGCAAGUGUGAUCCUGAUCCUCGACACCCUCAAGGCCCUCGAAACGGCACGCGAAACACUCGGACAGGAUGUUGGCUUCGGCUUCUCUCUCUCAGACAACGAUUCAUUCGCAGUACCACAGGGCUACUCACGUGAGUCGUCCACCAUCGGUAAUAUCCCCGCCAUGCUGCGCACGCUUUGCUUUGUCGAGAGUCGGGAACAGGACGGUCUUACCCGUCAAGAUCUUCGUGAUCUGGUCGAGAGCUUAGAGGCCUGGACGGAGAAGUCGUUGAUGUGGGGCAUCGGUGCCAGCGAAAGCCGAGGAGCUAUGGACCUGAGGUUUGACCUCGGUGACAGAAUUUCAGGUCUCCAAGUUGACCCGAUGGCUGGCGUGGGAGGGGCUAGUCGGCCUCGCAUCGAGGAGAUUGAAUGA